CCUCCGCCCACUACCUCCUGCCCCGCAGCACGGCGCUCUCCUUCACAAUGUUCCCCCGUUCGACAGUCUGCCGGGGCGCGCAAAGUGCUGUUCGCCGCUCAGCCGUCCACCCGGCCCAACGCCGAGGCCUCGCUGCUCCUGCAUCAGGAUCUUUCCAGUACCAGUCCGGCGACGCAAAGGGCGUCAAGUUCGCCAGCAGAGACUUCGCAGGACCUACCACCACUCUUGCUUUGGUUUCGAAGGCUGGAACCCGAUACCAGCCACUUCCCGGGUUGACUGAGGGUCUCGCAGCAUUCGCUUUCCGGAACACCGAGCGAAGGUCGACGUUGCGAAUUGUUCGCGAAUCUGAGCUCCUUGGAGCCGAAGUCCGCGCCUACCAUACCCGCGAAAACCUCGUCCUCGAAGCCAAGUUCCUCCGCGAUGACCUUCCCUACUAUGUCGAGCUUUUGGGCGAGGUAGCAUCCCAGUCCAAGUUUGACCAAUAUGUCUACAAGGAGGAGGUCCUUCCCCUCAUCAUCGCAGCCCACAAGCGUUUCCUCGCCAAUCCCGCUGAGAUGGCCGUCAACUCUGCCCACAGCCUCGCUUUCCACCGUGGUCUUGGAAACCCCACUGCCUCCGCCUCCUCCGUCCCGUACACGCAGUACCUCAACGCCGAGGCGAUCGAGUACUUCUCCAAGAUUGCAUACGCCAAGUCCAACUUCGCCGUUGUAGCCAACGGUGCCGAGCACGGCGAGUUCUCCCAAUGGGUCAACCAGUUCUUCGACGGAGUCCCCGCUGCACCAAUUGAGCAGACUGGUGUUGGUGCUGAGCAAACCAAGUACUUCGGUGGUGAGGAGCGUAUCGCACACGCUGGUGGCAACGCUGUUGUCCUCGCAUUCCCCGGCUCCAGCUCUUUCACUGGCAAGUCCUACAAGCCUGAGGUCGCUGUUCUCGGUUCCCUUCUCGGUGGUCAGUCCAACGUCAAGUGGUCUCCCGGUUUCUCCAUCCUCGGCAACACCAAGGCUUCCCCCUCCACCUACGUCAAGACCACCAGCGCCAUCUACUCCGAUGCCGGUCUUCUCUACACUAGCAUUGUUGGAUCCGCACAGAACGUUGCGAAGUCUGCUUACGCUGUCGUCGACGCCAUCAAGAAGGUCGCCGCUGGCGAGAUCAGCAAGGAGCAGUUCGCUAAGGCCAAGGCCGCAGCUAAGUUCAAGGAGCUUGAGAACGGCCAGGACACCAAGGCCGGCAUUGAGCUCACUGGAUCUGGCCUUGUCAACAACAACCAGGCCUACCAGAUCGACGAGGUCGCCAAGGCCAUCGACGGCGUCAGCGAGGAGGCUGUCAAGAAGGCUGCCGCAUCAUUACUCGAGAACAAGGCUACUGUUUCAUCAGUUGGUGACCUCUUUGUGUUGCCAUUCGCCGAUGAGUUGGGUCUCAAGGUGUAAAAGUAGAUUACGUAGCUGGGAGGAUAGAUGGCAAAAUCUCGCCGUAGGGCUUGGGGGCUUGUGUACCAUAAUCUGUGAUUAGUCCCUGAUAGAAGUGUCUUAUAUGGAGCAAUUUUCUUUGUUACGCAUCGAAUUUAUGUUUUAGACUUGCUGGUGAUUUCUUGUGAUUUUUUUUGGCAUUUAAAG